UUUAAUCCAAAGAAGACGGAUUUUGGGCAGUGUGGGGUUUCUGAUUUUGGCUUCGCUUCUAAGUCUUUUUAAUCUUCAUUGAUUUUGGGGUUCGGGUACCCCAUCUGCUGCGGGCUCCCGAGGACCGUCUGGGCCUCCACAUUAAUGAGGCAGCCACCUGGCGAGUCUGACAUGGCUGUCAGCGACGCGCUCCUCCCGUCCUUCUCCACGUUCGCGUCCGGCCCAGCGGGAAGGGAGAAGACACUGCGGCCAGCAGGUGCCCCGAAUAACCGCUGGCAGGAGGAACUCUCGCACAUGAAGCGACUUCCUCCUGUGCUUCCCGGCCGCCCCUACGACCUGGCGGCGGCGACGGUGGCUGCCGACCUGGAGAGCGGCGGAGCCGGCGCGGCUUGCGGUGGCAGCAACCCUGCGCUCCUGUCCCGGAGGGAGACGGAGGAGUUCAACGAUCUCCUGGACCUGGAUUUUAUUCUCUCCAAUUCGCUGUCCCAUCAGGAGGCGGUGGCCGCCACGGUAUCCUCUUCGGCUUCAGCCUCAUCCUCGUCCUCCCCUUCGAGCAGCGGCCCGGCCAGCGCGCCCUCCACCUGCAGCUUCAGCUACCCGCUCCGGGCCGGGGGAGACCCCGGCGUGGCGCCGGGCAGCUCGGGCGGCGGCCUCCUCUAUGGCCGGGAGUCUGCGCCCCCUCCCACGGCGCCCUUCAACCUGGCGGACAUCAACGAUGUGAGCCCUUCGGGCGGCUUCGUGGCUGAGCUCCUCCGGCCCGAAUUGGACCCAGUGUACAUUCCGCCGCAACAGCCGCCGCCGCCAGGGGGCGGGCUGCUCGGCAAGUUCGUAUUGAAGUCUUCGCUGAGCGCCCCCGGCAGCGAGUACGGCAGCCCGUCAGUCAUCAGUGUUAGCAAAGGCAGCCCCGACAGCAGCCACCCGGUGGUGGUGGCGCCCUACAGCGGCGGGCCGCCGCGCAUAUGCCCCAAGAUCAAACAGGAGGCGGUCUCGUCGUGCACCGUCGGCCGGCCCCUGGAGGCCCACCUGAGCGCCGGACCUCCGCUCAGUAAUGGCCACCGGCCUCCCGCACACGACUUCCCCCUGGGGCGGCAGCUCCCUACCAGGACUACCCCGACCCUGGGUGCCGAGGAACUGCUGAGCAGCAGGGACUGUCACCCGGCGCUGCCGCUGCCCCCUGGCUUCCAUCCCCACCCCGGGCCCAAUUACCCACCCUUCCUGCCAGACCAGCUGCAGACGCAGGUACCACCGCUCCAUUAUCAAGAGCUCAUGCCACCGGGUUCCUGCAUGCCGGAGGAACCCAAGCCAAAGAGGGGAAGGAGGUCAUGGCCCCGGAAAAGAACGGCCACGCAUACUUGUGAUUAUGCUGGCUGCGGCAAAACCUACACGAAGAGUUCUCAUCUCAAGGCACACCUGCGAACCCACACAGGUGAGAAACCUUACCACUGUGACUGGGACGGCUGUGGGUGGAAAUUUGCCCGCUCCGAUGAACUGACACGGCACUACCGCAAACACACCGGGCACCGCCCCUUCCAGUGCCAGAAGUGCGACCGGGCGUUUUCCAGGUCGGACCACCUUGCCUUACACAUGAAGAGGCACUUUUGAAUCCCAGACAGUGGCUGUGACCCACAUUGCCAGAAGAGAAUUCAGUAUUUUUCCCUUUCACACUGUCUUCCCGGGGAGGGGAAGGAACCCAGCCGGAAAGCACUACAACCAUGGUCAAGUUCCCAACAGAGUCACCUUGUAAUGGAUAAUCAGGAGACAUGCGGAAACCAAAAGACGAAAAAUUAAAGAACUGAUAGGGCCUGUGACUGAAUCUUCUAUCAUUCCAAUCCAAAUCCAACUUGAAUAUUCCUGGACUCAGAAAACGCCAAGGGGGAUGACUGGAAGUUGUGGAUAUCAGGGUAUCAAAUAGAUCCAUGAAUUGGGGGGAGGAAUGGAAACACAUUCCCUUGAAUUGUGUUUGAUGCAAUAGAAGUAUAAAGAUCACCUUGUAUUCUUUGCCUUCUAAAAGCCAUUAUGAUGUUAGAAGAAAAGGAAGAAAUUCAGGUACAGAAAAUGUGUUUAGCCUAAAUGAUGGUGCUUAGUGAGUCUUGGUUCUAAAGGUACCAAACGAGGAAGCCAAAGUUCUCAAACUGCUGCAUACUUUGACAAGGAAAAUCUAUUUUUGUCUUCCGAUCCACGUUUAUGACCUAAGUCAGGUAAAUACACCUGGUUUACUUCUUUAACAUUUUUUUAUGCAGACAGUCUUGUUGUAUGCACUGUGGUCUCAGAUGUGCAAUAAUUUGUACAAUGGUUUAUUCCCAAGUAUGCCUUAAGCAGAACAAAUGUGUUUUUCUAUAUAGUUCCUUGCCUUAAUAAAUAUGUAAUAUAAACUUAAGCAAACUUCUAUUUUGUAUAUUUGUAAACUACAAAGUAAAAAAAAAUGAACAUUUUGUGGAGUUUGUAUUUUGCAUACUCAAGGUGAGAAUUAAGUUUUAAAUAAACCUAUUUUAUCU